UCGAGAAAGGGAAGCGCUGGCUUUCGUUUUGCAGCUUCUCAGGUUGUUGAUUGGAAGUUUGGUGUGGUUGUAGGACGAUUAGGAGCUGUGGAGUAGACAGCCAUGAAGCUUUCUUUCCGUACCAUGGAUGGGACAUUGCUGGAUGCCAACUUUGAAGCAUCCGACUUUGUCUAUGAUGUCGCGCACCAGCUGGCGACUCAGAAAUCCCAGCAGGUCUCGGUCCGUCUUACGAGUCAAGGAACACUGCUACCACCGGGAUGUCGUUUGGAGGAGUGCGGCUUGAAGGAGGAGGACCUCAUUGAUGUGGUCUUCGUUGCAUGGAUGCCACCCGCCAAGGUGGCCAACAGUCUUCAUGAAGUGCUUCCCCGGCGCAUGCCCGAUGACUUGGAUGUCGGUGGCGUCACUGUGCUGGACGCCUCUGGGAUCUUUGUGAGAUCUGCAUCGCGACGAGAGGAGAUUGCGCAAGAGCUGACGUCCAAGAUGCGGCCUUCUUUGAUGGUGCUAGAUGUCAGGCAGUGUGCAUUCAGCCCUCUAAGCCUAUUAGCAAUCUUUCAGUGUUUGCCAGAGGCUUUGGAAGAGCUCUGGGCUAGUCGGAACCAUUUUGAUGCUGAAGUCCUGGGCUGUUUGAAGCAGAAAUCCUUGCGACUCAAAGUCCUUGAUAUCGGUUACAAUGAAUGCAAUGACUUGCGGCAGCUACCAGAGCUACUAACCGAGCAGAUGGAGCAGCUGAUUUUGGGUGAUCUUGAAAAGUUAAAAGCUCCAACUUUCGAGGCAGCUUUGGCCAAGUGUCCUCGGCUGAAGUCUUUAGAGAUCCAUUUCAACAACAGGUUAGGCAAAAGUUAUUUGGCCAUUGCCCAAUGUUCCGAGCUACGCAAGCUCCUUGCUCAAUACGUGCACUUCAGCGAGGAGGCUUUGCAGCAGAUCUUGGAAAGCUGCCAACAGCUGGAGCAUGUGGUGCUCAAAGGGAUCAACGAUCUCAGCACGGUGCAGCGGCUGAAGAAGCUCAAUCUAAAAGUGUUGCAAGCUAGCCUCACUCCGAACCAUCAGAUCUUAGCAGAGAUUUCUACCGUGCAGUCAGACACCUUGAUGAUCGGAAUUGACUUCCUUGAGGCUCUUGAGGAACACAAACUCGAGGAUUUGAGCUCCACUGUGGAGGCUUUGAAGAUGUCACCAGCCACUUGUAUCGCAUGGUCCGCUGAGGCUGUGAACAUUGCGGUCCUUCAAGCCAUUGGUCCUCGUCUUUGCGAGGUGUCUGGAGCGUGCAACAACACUUCUGACUCGGUCCUUUCUGAUUUAGCCCAGAUUCCCGCCAGCUGCGCAAACCUCAUCUCGCUAUCAGUGAAUUACUAUGAGCAGAUUGAUCCGAAGGACCUGGUGAAAGUUGCAGCUGCUUGUCCCAUGUUGAGAGACCUUCAUCUCAAUGCUGAUGAUUGCGAUUUUCAACGUGCUUUCAUCGAUGAGGGGGUUUUAGCUCUGGGUCAGCACUGUCACAUGCUGCAGCAUUUGGAUAUGUAUGAUCGGGUCAUGGCUGAUCUGGCGAUCACCCUGAUGAAGGCUUGCGAGGGCUGGCCUCUCUUGCGUUACUUGUGCCUGGCCAACUGCACUCGUGGCGACUGGGAGAGUGUCUCGAAAAUCCACGAGCUACCGGCGGUGCUGGCGGGCAACUGUGGAAAGCUGGAGACCGUGGUCAUUUAUGAUGACAAGAUGAAUCGCUUGUUUGACACGGAGUUUGAAUCCCGAUUUGCCUUGUAUGGCCCGAGCCUCUUGUGAUUCUGAAGCUCCCUGAAACGUGACCACUGGGCGGAUUGAACGUCCGGAUGAGACAGACAUGAGACGCGCAUUGCAAUUGCUUUGAAAGAGGACAAGACAGAUUUCUCUGAGUGUUC